AGCUUGUAGGUGCUGUAAGAUAAAGUGAUUUGUCUGUAUAAGUCGACGAAAACUCAAAGAGGAAGUAAGGAUUUUUAUAUUGUGUGUUGAUAGAGGGAGAUAGUACAAUGUCCUACAAAUGCAAGAUUUGUGAUAAGUCGUUGACUAGUAAAAAUGGUUUAAGUUAUCACAUCAAAAUCCACACAGGACAGAAACCCUACAAAUGUGAAACAUGUAAUACAUGUUUUGCUUGUAAGAGCAGUUUGAAUUCUCAUCUUAGAAUCCACAAAGGAGAAAAACCCUACAAAUGCCAAACAUGUAAUAAAUGUUUUGCUCAUUACAGCAGUUUCUGUCGUCAUCUCAGAACCCACACAAAAGAAAAACCUUACGAAUGCAAAACAUGUAAUAAAUGUUUUGCUCAUUCCAGCAGUUUUAAUAAUCAUCUCAGAACUCACACAGGAGAAAAACCCUACAUAUGUAAAACAUGUAGUAAAUGUUUUGCUCAAUUGGGCAAUUUGAAUAGUCAUCUCAAAAUCCACAAAGGAGAAAAACCCUACAAAUGCGAAACAUGUAAUAAAUGUUUUGCUCAAUUGCGCUAUUUGAAUUGUCACAUUAGAAUUCACACAGGAGAAAAACCCUACGAGUGCAAAAUAUGCAAUAAACGUUUCAGGAACAGAUGCUCUUUAUAUUAUCAUCGAAAACUCUACACUGAAGAGAAAACCUACAAAUGCAAAAUGUGUGAUAAAUGUUUUCCUGAAGAAUGGGUAUUAGAUUGUCAUUGCAAAAGACAUUUGAGGGAGAAACUACAUCAGUGCGAAAUACCCCAUCGAAAUUUCCUCCCCGGAAUGGAAGUGAGUAACAAUACAACGGGUUAUUCAAAUGUAAUUUCCAGCGAUUAUUCCAGCGAUCGUCGUUUCGAACAACAAAAUAAUUUAAUUCACCAACUUCCCACUUAUUCUGAAUACAGACCAUUGAUAUGUCUUGUGUGUAAUAGUCAAUUUCAAACGGAAGCGAACCUGGAUGCUCAUCGUGCAAUGCACGAUCUAUACCCAUUUAAUUGCAUUAUAUGUUUUCAAGUGUUCUGUAGUCAUAAGGCUUUAGAAGAACACAAAAUAAUUCACGAACCAUUAGUCAAUUCAAGGAUUGCUAAAAUGCAGAGCCAAGAUGAUCGGAAAGGUAGUCAGCAUAAUCGUUCUCCAAGUGCUCCGGAAGCUAAAUGUUCAAAGCUAGAGCAUUACUUUAAGAGGCAAUCUCCUUCGGACAUUAACAAGAAAGGAAUGUUAUCCUUACGACAGUAUUUAGAAUCACAGUUAGUGCUGCAGUUGAAGUGUAUCGAAGAUAAGUUGGCUAAUUUGGAAUUGGCUAGUCAAUUAACUUUGUCCUUAGUAAGAAAACCGGAGAACGACCUUUCUAAAUUGUGUUUGCGUUUAGUGUUGAUAGACAGAGAUAGUACAUGUCCUACAAAUGCGAAAUUUGUGAUAAAUCGUUUACUCUUUGCUUCUAAAUGCAAUUUGAAUCGUCAUCUUAAAAUUCACAAAGGAGAAAAACCCUAUAAAUGCCAAACAUGUAAUAAAUGUUUUGCUCAUCACAGCAGUUUCUAUCGUCAUCUCAGAACCCACACAGGUGAAAAACCCUACAAAUGCAAAACAUGUAAUAAAUGUUCUGCUUAUUUGGGCAGUUUGAAUCGUCAUCUAAGAAUCCACAAAGGAGAUAAACCCUACAAAUGCGAUACAUGUAAUAAAUGUUUUGCUUAUUUGGGCAGUUUGAAAUAUCAUAUUAGAAUUCACACAGGUGAAAAACCCUACAAAUGCGAAACAUGUAAUAAAUGUUUUGCUUAUUUGGGCAGUUUGAAAUAUCAUAUUAGAAUUCACACAGGUGAAAAACCCUACAAAUGCGAAACAUGUAAUAAAUGUUUCGCUCAUUUGCACAAUUUGAAAUAUCAUAUUAGAAUUCACACAGGAGAAAAACCCUACGAGUGCAGAAUAUGCAAUAAACGUUUCAGGAACAGAUGCUCUUUACAUUAUCAUCGAAAAGGGUACACUGAAGAGAAAACCUACAAAUGCAAAAUAUGUAAUAAAUGUUUUCCUGAAGAAUGGGUAUUAGAUUGUCAUUGCAAAAGACAUUUGAGGGAGAAACUACACCAGUGUGAAAUACCCCAUCAAAAUUUCCUCUCUGGAAUGGAAGUGAAUAACAAUACAACAGGUUAUUCAAAUGUAAUUUCCAGCGAUCGUCGUUUCGAACAACAAAAUCAUUUCAUUCAGCAUCUUCCCACUCAUUCUGAAUAUAGACCAUUGAUAUGUCUUGUAUUGGUAGACAGAGAUAGUACAAUGACCUACAAAUGUGAAAUUUGUGAUAAAUCGUUUACUAGAAAACAGGGUUUAACAUAUCAUAUGAAAACCCACACAGGAGAGAAACCCUACAAAUGUGAAACAUGUAAUGCAUGUUUUACUUCUAAGAGCAAUUUGAAUUGUCAUAUGAGAAUUCACACAGGAGAAAAGCCCUACGAGUGCAGAAUAUGCAAUAAACGUUACAGGCACAACAGCUCUUUAACUUAUCAUCAAAAACAAUACACUGGAGAAACAACCUACAAAUGCAAAAUAUGUAAUAAAUGUUUUCCUGAAGAAUGGGUAUUAGAUUGUCAUUGCAAAAGACAUUUGAGGCAGAUACUACACCAGUGUGAAAUACCCCAUCAAAAUUUCCUCUCUGGAAUGGAAGCAAGUAACAAUACAACGGGUUGUUCAAAUGUAAUUUCCAGCGAUUAUUCCAGCGAUCGUCGUUUCGAACAACCAAAUCAUUUCAUUCAGCAUCUUCCCACUCAUUCUGAAUACAGACCAUUGAUUUGUCUUGUGUGUAAUAGUCAAUUUCAAACGGAAGCAAACCUGGAUGCUCAUCGUGCAAUGCACGAUCUAUACCCAUUUAAUUGCAUUAUAUGUUUUCAAGUGUUCUGUAGUCAUAAGGCUUUAGAAGAACACAAAAUAAUNGACAAAUUGAAUUGUUUGUGUAAGUUUACAGUAAUACAUAGAGGAAGUCAGGCUUUUUAUAUUGUUUCAUGGGAAACUUCGAUACAAGAAAUAGAGAGAGGAAUAUCUGGGCUAGAUUUUUUAGAAAAAGAAUACAUCCGAUGGAAAGCGGUCAUAAAAGACCAGAAGACUUGGAAAAAGGGAUGUGAUGCGGGUAAAAACAUCAAACUUACUAAAGGUUGGCUUAGAAAAAAUGAUUUGGUUACAACAAGAGCGGACAAAAGCAAAGCUUUGGUAAUUAUGAAAAGACAGACAUAUAAUAACGCGAUGGAGGAAUACAUUAAAAAAACCGAAUGCGAGAGUGUUGAAGCAAAUGUUAUUGAAAGCAUCGACAGAAGGGUUAGGAAGCUUGAAAAGGCUAAGCUGAGUAAUGCAUUACCUUUUCUCAAAAAUUGUCGAAAUUCCAGUCCAGGUAUGCCAAGAUUGUUUGCUUUUGCUAAGACCCAUAAAGAGGGUAAAGAAAUGAGACCUGUAGUGGAAAGGUGCAGAGGACCAACGUUUAUUCUUGAAAAGAGAUUACAUAAGUUUCUCACCUCGCACCUCGAGAAUAAUAUACAUGUGGCGCAUGAUCCAAGAGAAGUGGUUAAUGAGAUACAAGAUCUAGUUUUAAUGGAGGAUGAAAUUGGAACAGUGAUGGACUAUGAAAGUUUAUACCCAUCUAUAAAAAUUGAAUCAUGCAGAGUAGCACUUUUAGACUUCAUGCUGAGCAAGAGCCCAAAUUUGGCGGGUUACAAUAAUGAUUUGAUCGAACUAGCUAACCUUAUUUGUUAUCAAUCUUUUUUCGCAUUUAAUGGCCGUCGAUACAGACAAAGAAGAGGAGUCCCUAUGGGAAGUCCCAUGUCAGGACUUUUAUGUGAGCUUGUAUUGAGAAGGUUGGAAAAAAGUGCUCUUUCUGUUUUCUUAAAUGCCAUUGUGUAUUUUAAAAGAUACGUGGACGAUGUCUUGGGAAUUGUGAAAAAGAUAAAUUUUACGUUGAAACAUGUAAACUACUAUCAGUAUGUGCAGUUAUUAACUGUGUUGAUAGAGGGAGAUAGUACAAUGUCCUACAAAUGCAAGAUUUGUGAUAAGUCGUUGACUAGUAAAAAUGGUUUAAGUUAUCACAUCAAAAUCCACACAGGACAGAAACCCUACAAAUGUGAAACAUGUAAUACAUGUUUUGCUUGUAAGAGCAGUUUGAAUUCUCAUCUUAGAAUCCACAAAGGAGAAAAACCCUACAAAUGCCAAACAUGUAAUAAAUGUUUUGCUCAUUACAGCAGUUUCUGUCGUCAUCUCAGAACCCACACAAAAGAAAAACCUUACGAAUGCAAAACAUGUAAUAAAUGUUUUGCUCAUUCCAGCAGUUUUAAUAAUCAUCUCAGAACUCACACAGGAGAAAAACCCUACAUAUGUAAAACAUGUAGUAAAUGUUUUGCUCAAUUGGGCAAUUUGAAUAGUCAUCUCAAAAUCCACAAAGGAGAAAAACCCUACAAAUGCGAAACAUGUAAUAAAUGUUUUGCUCAAUUGCGCUAUUUGAAUUGUCACAUUAGAAUUCACACAGGAGAAAAACCCUACGAGUGCAAAAUAUGCAAUAAACGUUUCAGGAACAGAUGCUCUUUAUAUUAUCAUCGAAAACUCUACACUGAAGAGAAAACCUACAAAUGCAAAAUGUGUGAUAAAUGUUUUCCUGAAGAAUGGGUAUUAGAUUGUCAUUGCAAAAGACAUUUGAGGGAGAAACUACAUCAGUGCGAAAUACCCCAUCGAAAUUUCCUCCCCGGAAUGGAAGUGAGUAACAAUACAACGGGUUAUUCAAAUGUAAUUUCCAGCGAUUAUUCCAGCGAUCGUCGUUUCGAACAACAAAAUAAUUUAAUUCACCAACUUCCCACUUAUUCUGAAUACAGACCAUUGAUAUGUCUUGUGUGUAAUAGUCAAUUUCAAACGGAAGCGAACCUGGAUGCUCAUCGUGCAAUGCACGAUCUAUACCCAUUUAAUUGCAUUAUAUGUUUUCAAGUGUUCUGUAGUCAUAAGGCUUUAGAAGAACACAAAAUAAUUCACGAACCAUUAGUCAAUUCGUUUUAGUAUUGCAAUAAAUGCAGUGUGGCAUUUGCUU